CCUGACCGGCCCUCAACCGGUACAGCCGAGGGAAGACUUUGUCCUUUUUCUUUUCAUAUGCAAUUCUCCACUCCUUCCCCCCCGAAAAAGCCAAGAAGCACCUUCUCAGUCUUGUCUCAUACGCGUACAUGUUUCAAGCGUGAAUGCUCAAUUUCACUAUGCGCUCCGGUCUUUGAUCGACCGGGGAAAGAAAAAUAAAGAGAAAUCUUCUGAAUCAUUUACCCCUCACUCCGUCAUCAUCCUAAUCCUCCUUCCCUCCCACACACAAAAAUAAACAAAAAUGGCAGACGAUUCACUAUCAGCGGCAAUCAAAGAUGAACAAGAGAUUCAAUUGGACCCAAAGAAGUCAGCCGCUUCUUCUAUUAAAUCGUUCCUUAGUGGUGGUUUCGGUGGUAUUUCUUGUGUUUUGGUAGGACAUCCUUUCGAUCUAACAAAAACUCGUUUACAAACAGCACCUGCAGGAACAUAUACCGGAGCAAUGGAUGUCGUUCGUAAAGCAUUAGCAGCAGAUGGUAUCAAAGGAUUAUACAGAGGAAUGGGUCCUCCUUUGGUCGGUGUUACGCCAAUGUUUGCCGUUUCUUUUUGGUCUUUUGAUUUAGGAAAAAAGUUGGUUUAUGCUUCAACGCCAAAUAGAGAAGAUAAGAACUUGAGUUUACCCGAAUUAAUGUUUGCCGGUUUCUUUUCUGCCAUUCCAACAACUUUGAUCGCCGCUCCGGCUGAACGUGUAAAAGUUCUAUUACAACUUCAAGGACAAUCUUCAAAUGCCGGACCAAAGUAUAACGGACCUUUGGAUGUCGUUCGACAAUUGUACAAAGAAGGUGGUAUGAAAUCCAUUUUCCGUGGAACAGGGGCCACUUUGGCUCGUGAUGGUCCUGGAAGUGCAGCUUACUUUGGUGCAUAUGAAGCAAUCAAACGUGGUCUCACACCUGCCGGUCAAGAUCCAUCUCAAUUAAACAUGUUGAACGUUUUAACUGCAGGUGGUUUAGCAGGAAUGGCAAUGUGGUCAAUCGCAAUUCCACCGGAUGUGAUCAAAUCUCGUUAUCAAGGUGCACCUGCAGGAACUUACAACAGCUUCUUGCAUUGCUUCCGUGUUACUGUUGCUCAAGAUGGUUUCGGCGCUUUGUUCAAAGGUGCAGGUCCUGCAAUCUUGCGUGCUUUCCCUGCCAAUGCAGCUACCUUCUUAGGUGUAGAAGUCAGUUUGAAAUUGAUGAACCAAUUGUUCUAAUCGACAGCCCUUUACAUAGACAAAUCCUUUUCAAUGCUAUAAAUACGGAAGCAUUCCAACCAAAACAAUAAAGGACGCUAUGCAGGUGAUAAGAGUUUGUCAUUUUUCUUUUUUAGAUCAAGAAUUUAUCACAUUGUACAGUUUAAUAGAUCAAUCCAAUGAGU